GCGCCGCCGGGUCCUGGCCGUCAGAAACGGUCACCGCGGCCCGCUCGCGUCCGUCCGAGGAACUGAGGCUGCGGGCGGGCGGGCGGCAACCUCUAACUUUUAACGGGAUCCGACCGACGCGAGCCACGGGCCGCCUUCUGGAUUUUGAACCUGGAUCGUGGUUUUCAACAAACACGUCGGGGAGAAAAGCUCGGACGUUUUAUUGUCUCUGGGUGCUAGCACCCAGUUCUUCCUCUACCAAUGAAGUACGUCCUGGUCACGGGUGGAGUCAUCUCCGGCAUUGGGAAAGGGAUCAUCGCCAGCAGCAUUGGAACCAUCCUAAAGUCCUGUGGACUUCGAGUGACCGCCAUCAAAAUCGACCCCUACAUUAACAUCGAUGCCGGCACGUUUUCACCUUAUGAGCACGGUGAAGUGUUUGUCUUAAACGAUGGUGGAGAAGUUGACCUAGACCUCGGGAAUUAUGAGAGAUUCUUGGAUAUCAACCUGUUUAAGGACAACAACAUCACCACUGGCAAGAUCUACCAGCAUGUGAUCAAUAAGGAGCGGCGUGGCGACUUCCUGGGGAAAACAGUGCAAGUUGUCCCCCACAUCACAGAUGCGAUCCAGGAGUGGGUGAUGAAUCAGUCCCUGGUCCCCGUGGAUGGGCAACCGGAAGCGCCCCAGAUCUGCGUGAUCGAGCUGGGUGGCACCAUCGGCGACAUCGAAGGCAUGCCAUUCGUGGAGGCGUUCCGGCAGUUCCAGUUCAAGGCCAAACGGGAGAACUUCUGCAGCAUCCACGUCAGCCUGGUUCCGCAGCUUACUGCUACUGGAGAACAGAAAACCAAACCCACACAAAACAGCGUGCGCGCGCUGAGGGGCCUCGGCCUGUCCCCCGACCUGAUCGUCUGCCGCAGUUCGACACCCAUCGAAAUGGCCGUGAAGGAGAAGAUCUCCAUGUUCUGCCACGUGGACCCUGAGCAGGUGAUAUGCAUCCAUGACCUGACUUCCACGUAUCGAGUACCCGUGCUUUUGGAGGAGCAAGGCCUUAUUAGCUAUCUUCGGCAGAGAUUGAAUCUGCCCAUUGGUGAUUCUUCGAGUAAUCUGCUCUUCAAGUGGAGAAAUAUGGCUGACAGGUAUGAGAAGCUGCAGAAAUCUUGCAACAUAGCCCUGGUGGGCAAAUACACCAAACUACGGGACUGCUACACGUCCGUGUUCAAAGCGCUGGAGCACUCGGCUUUGGCCAUUAACCACAAGCUGAACCUGGUGUAUAUCGACUCCAUUGACCUGGAGCACAGCACGGAAAACCAGGACCCUGUCAAGUUCCAUGAGGCCUGGCAGAAGCUCUGCAGAGCUGAUGGUAUCCUCGUGCCAGGAGGCUUCGGCAUCAGAGGCACGCUGGGAAAACUCCAGGCCAUUGCUUGGGCAAGAACAAAGAAGAUUCCUUUUCUCGGUAUUUGCCUUGGGAUGCAACUAGCUGUGAUUGAGUUUGCCAGAAACUGCCUUGACAUCAAAGAUGCGAAUUCCACAGAAUUUGAGCCAGAUGCCCGCAGUCCUGUGGUGAUUGACAUGCCGGAACACAACCCUGGCGUCAUGGGCGGAACAAUGAGGCUGGGGAUCCGAAGAACUGUUUUCCAGACGGAGAAUUCGCUCUUGAGAAAACUCUACGGUGAUGUUCCUUUUGUUGAAGAAAGACACCGACAUCGUUACGAGGUGAACCCUAAUGUGGUCAGCUACUUUGAGAAGACGGACAUGAGCUUUGUCGGUCAGGACAUCCAAGGAGAGAGAAUGGAAGUCAUCGAACUGGCAAAUCAUCCAUAUUUUGUUGGUGUCCAAUUCCAUCCUGAGUUUUCUUCCAGGCCCAUGAAGCCUUCUCCUCCCUACCUGGGACUGUUACUUGCAGCAACUGGGAACCUGACCAACUACCUGCAACUGGGGUGCAAGCUGUCUGCCAGUGACAGAUACAGCGAUGCCAGUGAUGACAGCUUUUCAGAGCCAAGGUUCUCUGAGCUGGAAAUAUGCUGAGACACACAAAGUUUGGAUACCAGGGCCUCCAAGGGCUUGGAAGUAAGGGAAACCCAGAUGAAGGAACUCUGAAGAAAUCACUACACUUCUUAAGAAUAAUUUUGUUCUCCACCCCAAAUGAGAUGUUAAGAUCUGGGAGGGAGUAUGAUGCCUAUCUUCCAUAAACCAGAACCAAAGGCCUUCUUUCCCCUUUCCCCUCUAGAAGGUGGCCUUUAUUUCCCCCACAUUCCUGUAACCAAGUAAACUUUGCCCAAACCUUU